AAAAAGAAAAUGUUCCAAUUGACCCACAAGGCUAGCAAGUGCACCUUACAAAAUGAGUAAAAAGUAAAUGCAUACAAAAAAUGGCAUGAAUUAAUUAAUUUUUGUGCUUCUUUAGCGGUGGAGAAGAACCCUAAAAAGCUCUCUCCGUCUUCUUCAAAAUUUUUUUAGGUGAACACAAUGUUAACAACAAAUUGUGUUAAGGUUAAAUAAGUUAUCUUGAAUUGUCCAUGUUUGAAAUAAUGGAUGAAGAUAACAGUUUGAAUAUUCGUAAUUGGGGUUACUAUGAGCCAACACCUGUUAAAGGAAAUCUGGGUCUUCAGCUUCUGUCCCCAACAAUGCCUGAGAAACCAAUUUUGGGUUCGCGAAGUGCUGCGAUCAUGACAAGUAUGAAUGGAGGCUUUUACCAUAGGGAUAUUGGGAUUUCCCAGCCCUUGAUGCCGACGGAGUACGUGAGGGACGCUUGGAUUGGCCAGAGAGAAAAGCUUCUCAAUGUGCUGCCUGGAAACCAUGAUUAUGCAGCUGUUUUGCCUGAAACAUCUUCAUCUCAUCAUAUGGAAAUGUUUCAACCACCUUAUUUGGCAAAGGAUGAACCGCUGGAGCUAGUUGAAGAGGCUGGUGUUGUUGAAAAGGUAAAUGGUCCUAAUAAAAAAAAGCAGCGUCACAAAGGCCCGAAAUCCCCAAGAGCAAAAAAGGGUAUGGGAGGCGCUCAAGUACCCAAGCCUGAGGGUAGUCCUCCUACUCAACGAGCACGGGCUGCCAAGAAAACCGCAGAAAUUAUGAUAAAUGGGAUCAAUAUGGACAUUUCAGUCAUUCCCAUACCUGUUUGCUCGUGUACUGGCCACCCUCAACAAUGCUAUCGUUGGGGUUGUGGUGGAUGGCAAUCAGCAUGCUGUACGACAUGCAUUUCUGUGUAUCCCUUGCCUAUGAGUACAAAACGGCGUGGUGCAAGGAUUGCAGGGAGAAAAAUGAGUCUAGGAGCUUUUAAGAAAGUCUUAGAGAAACUUGCUGGUGAAGGCUAUGACUUCUCUAAUCCGAUUGAUCUGAGAGCUCACUGGGCUAAACAUGGUACGAACAAGUUUGUCACUAUUAGGUAGAUGUACCAUAUGGAUCCUUGUUCUGCUUAUACUCUAAGCUGUUUCAAACUUAUCGAUGCCAGGGAAACUGAUGUAAUAGAUGAGAUUUAUCAAUAGAUUCUUGCCUCAUUUGUGACUGAUUUUUCUACUGUUAAUUGUUAAGUGAUUCCUUGAUUCUUUCUUA